CUCGCAUACUCAUAUAAUUCAAGACAUAUUUAUUUAUUUUCAUUUUUAUUUUAUUUGUUGUAGUGUGCUUGCAUUCUUUAUGUAAUACUAUGUAUAUGUUUGAUCCCUCAAAGUAUUAUAACAAUUUUAAAUCACAUAAAAAAAUUUUGGCAAAAAACCGAAAAAACCGAAAUCAAAUCGAAACAAACCGAACCAAUCAAAUCGUGGUUCCAAGUUUUGAAGUGUAAAACCGAACCGAACUUUUUACUUUGAUUCUAUAUUUGGUUUUAGGUCAAAAUCGAACCGCAAGAACAGAACCCACCCCUAUUUACACCCUAGGAAUUUUGCAACGAAAAAUCCCAAAACGACAGUCGCAAAACCUAGAAAGGGAGAAAAGAUGUUGCCUUAUCCUGCUUUCAUGCGACAGAACCCAGGGUCUACGGAGAUCAUCCCGGCGUCGUAUCUCCUUCCCGCCCAGUGGCCAAAGCCCCAUCAUGAAGAGCUCCUCUUAGCCAUGGAGGAGUCAGAUUUCGAGGAAAAGAUUAAUGAGAUUGGGAAGUUCAACAGCAACUUAACUGUGAUCGGGAAGACCACUAUAGUUGAUAACGAUAAAGAAGAUUUUGACAAUGAAGCUGAAGAUGAUGAUGCCGACAAUGGAGAAGAGUCAGAAGCUGAUGAAUUCGACCAAGAAACCGGUUGACUUCAUUUUUUUAGGCUCAUGAUAAAAAAAAUCAUAACUUCGUUUUGCUACUUUCUUACUCUGCUGCAGUUUGAAUUGAUUGAUAUAUAUAUAUAUAUAUAUAUAUAUAUAUAUAUAUGUAUGUAUACAUUUAUAUAUUAUCUCUUGAUUUGUGCCUGUCAUUGAUUUUGUUCCUAUACACACAAAUGAGCGUGUGGGUUAGGGUUACACAUAUUCAUGAUCUGGGGCUUGAUGAUAUAGAUGGUGUUUAAGUGAUGGACAUUCACUUAUUA